AUGGAUAACCCCAGCUCAGAUGGGAUGGAACCCAUUGCAGUUGUAGGCCUUGCCUGCCGCUUCCCAGGCACAGCCACCUCUCCUUCGAGACUGUGGCAGAUGCUCUACCGCGGAGAGAGCGCUUGGUCUGAGAUCCCGAAGAACCGCUUGAAUGUUUCAAGCUACUUCCACCCCAGUGGUAACCGACAGGGCAGCAUUCCAUUUAAGGCUGGCCACUUCCUGGAAGGAGAUGUGGGAGCAUUCGACAGCUCUUUUUUCUCUAUUCCAGCCGAUGAGGCCAAAGCGAUUGAUCCACAGCAACGGAUGCUUCUUGAGGUCGCCGUGGAGGCUUUAGACAGCGCCGGAAUUGAUCGUGCUGCCAUCAGAAAAAGUGACACGGGAGUUUGGGUUGGCUCCUUCGUGAAGGACUAUGAGCAGAUUGUUUUGCGCGACCCAGACAAUUCGCCAAAAUAUGGUGCGACGGGUAAUGGAAUCGCCAUUAUGUCAAACCGUAUUUCGUUCUUCUUAGACAUCAACGGCCCAAGCAUGACCAUCGACACGGGAUGUAGUGCUAGCUUGGUUUGCGUCCACAACGCUUGCCAAGCACUCCGCGACCGCGAGAUCGAUAUGGGGCUUGCUGGUGGCGCGGGAAUGAUCCUGACGCCUAAUACCAUGAUGCCGAUGACUGCUCUGAAUUUCCUGAGCCCGGAUGGUAAGUGCUAUACGUUUGAUGCACGCGCCAAUGGCUAUGGUCGUGGCGAGGGCAUCGGCAUCAUCGUUCUCAAGCGUCUUGACGAUGCCAUUCGAGACAACGACAGCAUCCGUGCGGUGAUUCGAGGAUCGAGUGUUAAUCAAGACGGACGAACACCUGGAAUUACUUUGCCAAGCGCGGAAGCCCAGCUCCGCAAUAUCAAGACUGUCUACAAAAGGGCCGGCCUUUCAGUUUCUGAUACAGCUUAUGUCGAGUGCCACGGCACCGGCACACAGGCUGGAGAUUGGAGAGAACUAAAAGCUAUCUCGUCCGCCUUUUGCGAACAACGUUCUCCCGGCGACCCUGUCUAUGUCGGCUCGGUCAAGACAAACAUCGGCCAUCUUGAGGGUUGCGCUGGAGUUGCCGGGCUGAUCAAGGGAAUUCUGACCAUUAAGAAUGGUCUGAUCCCGAAGCACCUCAACUUCCAGGAGCCUGGAAAUCCAGCCAUUGACUUUGAGGCGUGGAAGGUUAAGGUUUCUCUUGGAAAUACCCCCUGGCCAACCCAAGGGCUUCGACGAGCCAGCGUGAACUGUUUUGGCUUUGGUGGAACAAAUGCACAUGUCAUCCUUGAUGAUGCUGCUCAUUACCUGGCCCAGAGACGAAUAUCUGCACACCACAACACCAUUGUUCUGAAUGAAGGCCCGGAAACACCGGCCUUGCGACCGAAUGUCACCAAUAAGAAUCCACUCGAGGCUGAGGCGCACGAAUUGGUUAAGUCGGUACAUGAAAUUCAUGUUCCGGCCCGUGAUUCUAAGACCCAUCUUUUCGUAUUCUCCGCCCACGAACAGAAAGUACUAUCUCAGAUGGUCAAAGACUAUGCGGCCCACGUCGAAGAGUAUGCUGAUCACACUUCUGAUAAUUUGAUGGAAGACCUCGCGUAUACUCUUGGCUGUCGUCGGACAAAUAUGCAUUGGAGGGCCUCUGUUGUAGCCCGAUCCCCAGAGGAGCUUGUCUCAGAGCUGGGUAAGCUACAAAAGGGGGAUUUCACCAGAGCAUCCGAGGACAGACCAAUUAAGAUUGCCUUUGUCUUUGGUGGCCAAGGCAGUCAGUGGUUUGCCAUGGGAAGAGGGCUAUUGGGGUUUGAGAUCUUCCUGAAGUCGAUCAUGGAUGCUACACUAUACCUGCAAACCCAUGUAGAUUGUCCUUUCAGUCUCCUGACUGAAUUGCUUAAGGAUGAAGCCUCGUCCAGGAUCAACGAGCCAGAAAUAUCCCAACCUGCGACCACGGUGAUACAGGUGGCCCUUGUCGACCUGUUGUCAACCUACUUCGGCAUCUGCCCAAGCUCCGUGUGUGGGCAUUCUUCCGGUGAGAUUGCUGCAGCCUAUGCACUAGGCGCGUUUUCGCGAGAAGAGGCCUGGGAGCUAGCCUUUCACCGAGGUCGCUGUGCGGGGGCCUUACAGCAAUUGAAAGACGAAAGGGCCCCGGAAGGCAGUAUGCUCGCUGUUGGCUUGUCAGUCCUCGAGGUACGGAAAUAUAUCGACCGAGUUGGUAGUGAUGAGGUGGCGGUGGCAUGCAUCAACAGCCCUUUGUCGGUAACCUUGUCUGGUGAUCGUGGCGCGAUUGUGAAGCUUCAAGCAGAUUUCCAAAAAGCGGGUAUCUUUAACCGACUGCUGGUGGUGAAUGUCGCUUACCACUCACAUCACAUGCAGCGCUGCCGGGACUCAUAUCUCCAAUCGAUUAAACACAUCAUGCCCAAAAAUCCAACUCGCAAAAUGAUUCAACAUCCGCACAGCCAAGGAAAGCUUGUAACAUCUAGCGAUAUAUGUCUAGGAGCUGGAACUGCGGAUCUGCAGCUUGACGGUGAGGUUCCUAUCAUGUACUCGUCCGUAACCGGGCACGCCAUUGAUUGGAGGAUGCUCUGCCCGGAGUAUUGGGCCAGGAACAUGAUAUCUCCUGUUAGCUUUGCUUCUGCCAUGCAUCAGAUGGUGAAUUGCCAAGAUGCCGAGGGACCUCGCAUCAUUCUUGAGAUAAGUCCGCACGCUACUCUUCAGGGCCCGAUCAGACAGAUUCUUGACGCGGAGAAGCUCAAAAAGCGACCGAUAUAUGCUUCUGUCCUACGUCGAGGCAAAGAUGCAGUUGCAACUACACUUCAGGCCGUUGGAACACUCUGGGAUCAGGGGUACAACGUUGUUAUGCCUUGGGUAAUCAUGAGAAACACGCAGACAGAAAGACCCAAGCUGCUGGUUGAUUUGCCAAAGUAUCCUUGGAACCACGACAAUGUGUACUGGCAUGAGUCACAUUUGUCACUCGCCAAUCGAUUUCAAGUUCAUGGAAGAUACGAUCUCAUUGGUCGUCCCACGGCUGAUUCAAUCCCUUUUCAACCUCGAUGGCGCGGGUUCUUCCGUAUCUCAGAGAACCCCUGGAUUCAGGACCAUCAGGUCCAGAGGACGGUGCUUUACCCUGCCUCCGGCAUGAUCACCAUGGUCCUCGAAGCUGCCAAGCAAAUUGCAGCUGAGAAUGCUUUGGGCUACGAAAUUGCGCGUUUUAAUAUUCAAAAGGCCAUGAUCAUUCCACCCACGGAGCAUGGAUUAGAGUAUGCUUUAAACAUGAGUAAGAAGAGUGAUCAACUGACUGUGGCAUCUGCGGAUAAAUCAACCACAUUUGAGUUUUCCAUUUACUCCAAGCAACUUGGCGGGCCGUGGGAGGAGCACGGUAGCGGAAACCUCGUGAUCCAUUAUCACCAGCCCUCCGAAGGAUCCAGGGCUGAGCACCAGCUUGCCCGGGAGCGACUCCUCCAAGCGGAGCGGGACCACUACGCAUACCUCGAUGUGAAGGACGAUUGCGACGAAGUGGUAAUUCCACGACAACUAUAUGAGACCCUGGAUGUGAUCGGCAUGAAUUAUGGUCCAUUAUUCCAGAACAUUACAUCACUUAAUAAACGAGACAACGCUUGUGCCAGCGUUAUUCGUAUCCCGGAUACGGCAUCCGUCAUGCCAGCUAACUUUGAGUAUCCACAUAUCAUUCAUCCGGCAACCCUCGAUUCUAUCUUUCAGACGGCCUUCGCCCUUGGAAGCGAGCCGAUGGUACCGUCCUUCCUUGGGAGCCUUUAUGUGCCGACUGGAUCUGAUAAACUUUCGAAAAUUGGUGGACAAUUAACUGCCUAUACCCGAGCCAAGCGUCGUGGGCGACGUGGUGCAGCUGCGUCCUUUGUUGUUUCUGAUGACUCCUGGCUGGGCUCUUUCGAUCCUACUAACAUACCACUCAUGACAAUCAAGGAUUUAGAAUUUACUACCUUGACUGUAGGUAAGGAUAGUGCCGACAACGGGUUUCUCCCUAACCAUCGUGGCCUCUGCUCCGAGAUUGUGUGGGAAGAGUCGGACAUCUCGUUAGGUUCUGCCGAGGCAGAUGGGGCACCAAAGGAGGGCGAGGUCCGUACUAAGCUGAAGGAAAAUGUUCUUGUUCUAGUUCCCACAGACAUCAGCUCUGGCACUGAUGAAAUAUGCGCGGAGCUUGCGAAGAGCUUGAACUGUCAAUUCCGAACACUCGACAGCAUUAGCAAUAACGACGUGCUACCAGAGCUAUGCGUUUCCGUUUUGGAGGCUGAUGGGAAAGCCUUUAUUUGGAGCUGGUCAGAACAGGAGUUUCUCGCUUUCCGCAACAUUGUGACAGCUGUCAAAGGGAUGAUCUGGAUCACUCGCGCUUCGCAGUUGGAGGCCGAGAACCCCCAAGCUUGUCUGGCCCAGGCUUUAGGCAGGACUAUACAUUCGGAGUAUCCGAAGAAGAAGGUGAUCUCGUUCGACGUGGACCGGGACACCGACUUCUCUCGGACAUCAGUGAUACCAUUUGCUCAGACUAUCAUCCACUUGCUUGAGCAGUCCUUCUCUGGAUCGAAAUCAAUAAAAGUGACUGACACGGAAUAUGCCGAGCGGAAGGGACAGAUCAUGGUCCCGAGGCUUGCUCCUGUGAAUCCGUUAAAUUCCAUGAUUGAACGUGGCUCCGCGCCCGUUGAGCCACAGCUGCAGCUCAUGCCCGCCCCUUACGAGAGGCCACUCAAGCUUGAGAUGGUAGAUCUUGGCGACACUGAAAAUUUGUACUGGAACGAUGACGUGGAGGCUACACUCCCAGUAUGCCCGGACGACGUCAAAGUCAGAGUCUUAGCAAAUACACUUAGCGACCUAGAUUUCGAGAUUCUGAAGGGAACUGUGCAGAGGGAAUCUUUAGGAACUGACGUCUAUGGGAUAAUCGAAGAGGUCGGCAAGAACGUCAUGGACUUUGACGCGGGCGACCAUGUUGUAGGAGUUGCCCGUGGCUCCCUGAGAGAUUAUGUCGUGUGUGAUCAUCGUCUCUUAUACAAGGUCUCCAAUGGGUCCCAAAUUAGACGGCCCUACUUACCAACCGGAUUUUCUAUUGCCAAAUAUGCGCUCGGAAAACUGAAGACUGACGACACUAUUUUGAUCCACGCCGGAGCGAGUUUAUUCGGACAAGCUGCGAUUCAGCUCGCCAAACAUGUGGGGGCCACGAUCUUUGUCACGGCGAGCACCAAUAGUCAACGCGGUAUCCUUCAUCACUUUUGGAAGAUCCCGCAAGAUCACGUACUAGACGAGGGUUCGGAUGCCUUGACGAGCACGGUACUGCGCUUGACCGGCAAUAAGGGUGUAGAUGUAAUCUACGACACGGCUGCGCGAAGCCGAGAUUGGAAUAUCAAAUGUGUCACAGAAGGAGGCCAAAUCAUCGGAUUUGCCAACAAGCCCGAUGAAAGAUACAGUGAAGCACGAAGGGCCGAAGCUGUAUGCAAAACCUUCAGCUACACAAUCAUUGACAUCCCGAGUGUUGUCAAACACCAGCCACAGCGACUUGGGGAAGCGCUGGCAUUCGUAUGUCCGAAACUGCUAUCUGGCGAGUUCCAAGUCUGGGGCCCAGAUCUAUCUUGUGCAUAUGAUUACUCAGACCUGGAAGCUGCCUUCGCGGCCUUGGAGGUAGACAAGGCCGGCACGUUUGUAAGCUGCGAGCGACCUACCUCGAGGCCUGUUGCAAUUCUACCCAAACCUCGUCGCUCUACGAAAGAUCACAUACACGGAGAUGCCACCUACGUCUUAUCAGGUGGGCUUGGUGGUCUUGGCCUGGAGAUAGCCAAAUUGCUAGCAGCUAAUGGGCUCAAGAACGUUGUUUUUCUUUCCCGAUCCGGCGCGCCCAACGAGUUGGCCAAAUCUUGUGUUAAACUUCUAUGCAACAGAGGAGUCAACGUACAGGUCCAGAAAGUGGAUAUAUGUGACAGUGAUGCUCUCGCGAAGGCGGCACACGAGAUCCAGUUAUCUAUGCCGCCGGUGAAAGGUGUGAUCCAAUGCGCAGCGGUUCUCCGCGACUCCGUCUUUGAAAAUAUGACGUAUGAGGACUGGCAAGCGGCAACGAGGCCCAAGACCGUGGGUUCGUGGAACCUACACCAAACCUUUGGUAACGAUCUAGACUUCUUCAUCCUCUUAUCCAGCUCAGCCGGAGUUAUCGGAAAUCGCGGGCAAGCCAAUUACGCAGCAGGAAACGCGUUCCAGGAUUCGCUCGCUAGACAUAUUAACACCAAGAGCAAUGGUGCAACGCAUGCAGUGUCGAUCGACUUGGGGCCGGUCCUCGGAGCAGGCAUGCUUGCAGAGGAUCCCCGAACACUGGACAUUCUUAAGGCUAGCGGGUUCUUCGGUAUUCGACUUGAAGACUUUAAGCGGCUAAUCGAGUGCGCCGUCACGGGCUACAUGGAAGAUGGGCAGCAGAUGCCUGCCCAAGUAAUCACGGGAGUUGGAACGGGCGGGCUCAUGAAGCAAAACAAGCCAGCCGACCCAUACUGGACACGCACGGCCUUGUUCACGAACCUCAAUGAAGUGGACUUGCCGGCAAGCUCAGAAACGGACUCCGGCGAGGGUACUAAUUCACAAGAGACGAUGCGCGAGCUACUGGCGCGGGCUGUAGACGAGGAAGAGACUCGAUCCAUCGUCAGCCAGGGACUCAGGGUGAUGCUCUCCAAGAGCAUGAACAUGCAGUCGACAGACGUUGACGAGUCAAAGCCGGCCAAUGCCUAUGGCGUAGACUCUUUAGUAGCAGUCGGAGUUCGCAGCUGGGUCUCUAGAGAGUGCGAAGUGGAUGUGAGCAUCUUCGAGGUGCUUAGUGAAACUAGCAUUGUCCGCUCCGGCCUUGUUUGCUUCCCUACCCUCCCUUUCUCCGUUCUUACAAACUUGGUCAUCUCGUUUGCUUCGACUAACUUUCUCUCCUCCUCCUCCUCCUCCCCCUCCUGUGUUAUGGGGUUUCUUUCUACUCUAUUGACCGCGUCAUUUGCGGCUGGCGCAACCGCUCAAAGAGUUAUACCCGUCAACUUCAGCAGGCCAACAGCAAGACUGCCUACUCUUCACUCACGUGCCGGGACCUACUCACAAGAGCUCAACAAUAAUCUAACCGGUGGUGGAUACUAUGCCCAAGUUGCGGUGGGAACACCACCACAGACGGUGGAUCUUAUUGUCGAUACUGGAAGCAGCGACGUCUGGCUAUUAGAUAGUGACGCGAAUCUCUGCCGGUCUCGAUCCAUGCAGUCCUACUACGGAUACUGCUUGUCUACCUACGAUCCCUCUAAGAGCUCGACUUAUUCUAUCGUCUCGCAAGAUGACUUCAGCAUUCGCUAUGUCGAUGGUUCAGGGGCCGAGGGCAAUUACAUUCGGGACGAUUUCAGUAUCGGAGGAGCUGACAUUGAUGCCUUGCAGAUGGGAUUGGCCGAGAAUUCCACCGUCAACUCUGGCCUCUUAGGUAUUGGCUUCGCGGCCAAUGUUGCCUCUGAAACUCCUUAUCCCAACAUCAUGAGCCUAUUUCAGGACCAGGAUUUAAUUGCUAUACAAGCUUACAGCCUAUAUCUUGAUGACUUGUUUGCCGAGACGGGGACAAUCCUAUUUGGUGGUUUAGACACGCAGAAAUUCAUCGGCGAGCUUCAAACCGUCGCCAUCCAACCGGAUAGAUACGGCAACUAUUCGUCCUUCACUGUCGCGCUCUCCUCCUUCUCUACGACCGCCAACAACGGCACCUCUACUAACUACACCCGAACCGCUAUCCCCGUCAUCCUCGAUUCGGGCACUACCCUGACCUAUUUUCCCGCCAGCAUAGCAAACCGCAUCUUUGACGCCUUCGGCGCUGUAGACGACACAUCUGGAACUGGCCUUGUUUUCGUUGAUUGCAACUAUCUGGAUAGUAAUAAUUUUACUUUCAACUUUCAAUUCGGCGGAAACGAUGGCCCUGUCAUCCGGGUUCCUAUUGACGAAAUGGUGUUGGACAACAUAGGGGGAUAUGUUGAGCUUGGCCUGGAUUUGCCUUCUUUGCCCUUCGAUAAUGCUUGCAGUUUCGGCAUACAGCCAAGCUCAGACUAUUACCUACUGGGUGAUACGUUUCUGCGUUCCGCCUACAUUGUUUACGACCUCACUAAUAAGCAGAUUGGGCUAGCCCAGGCCAAUGUAAACAGCACCGAGAGCAACAUCAUCGAAAUCACCGAGGAGUCCGGCAUACCGAAAGCUAGUGGCGUCGCUUCGCAGGUCGUUGCAGACCAGACUUCGACGGGGCUACCUAGUACCAGCAAUGCUGGCAGUGGGACCUCAACGGGAUCCGUUACGUCUUCGGCUACACCGACCGGGCAAAAUGGCGAGAAUGGUGGAUCGAGGGCUGUGCCCUCCCCCCUUUGGGGAGCUCUAAUCACGUCUACUUUAGCAAGCCUUUGUGGUUUGAUAAUGGGUGGUGGGCUGGUAUUAUUAUAG